CAACAUGGCGACUUGCAUCGUGUACGUGGUGCUAUCUUUUUGUGCUGUUUUCGGUGCCGUUGUAGCAGAUUCAGAACAUGGUGAAGAGGCUCACAGUUACUCGGCGGAAGCAUUAAAUGAAAACGUCAUUAAAAACAAACAUUUUGUGAUGUUUUAUGCACCUUGGUGUGGCCACUGCAAGAGACUCGCUCCGACAUGGGAUGAACUUGCCAAAAUCUAUAAUGUAGACUCACCAGAAAGGCCAGUUGUUAUUGCUAAGGUUGACUGCACGGAGGAGACUGCAGUGUGUGCUGAUCAGGGAGUUACUGGCUAUCCAACACUCAAGUUUUUCUAUCAGUCUUCUACAGACUUUUCACGCUACAAAGGUCCAAGGGACUUAGAUAGUCUCAAAGCUUUUGUGGAGGAACAGUUCAGUCAGGGGGAGGAGAGUGACCCGAAGCCUCCUGAGCCUCUCCGGACACUGGUCGAGCUGACUGAGGGCACAUUCCUUGACCACAUCAAACAUGGCCAGCACUUUGUCAAAUUCUACGCCCCCUGGUGUGGUCACUGUCAGCGUCUCGCACCCACAUGGGAGGACCUGGCCAAGAGCUUCCAAUACAACGAGGAAGUCAGCAUAGCAAAGAUAGACUGCACAGCCACUGGUUCGGUGUGUGACUCCUUUUCUGUGCGGGGCUACCCCACCCUGAUGUGGAUGAAGGAUGGGCAGAAGGUUGACCAGUACCAGGGAGGUCGCAACCUGGAUGAACUGAAACAAUAUGUGUCGAGGAUGCUUUCUCGUGAUCAGUCUGAACAACUCAGGACGGACGAGAUGAUCGUGGAGGGCAGUCUGGAUGAUGAACCAGAGGCUGAAGUGCUGGACCUAACUGCUGAUGAUUUUGAUGAGGUUUUGGCUGAUGGAAUGGUAUUUGUCAAGUUCUUUGCACCCUGGUGUGGACAUUGUAAGCGGCUUGCACCAGUAUGGGACGAACUCUCUAAGAAGUUCCUUGACGUUGAAGAUGUCCAUAUUGCUAAGGUUGAUUGCACUGUACAAGGGGAUCUGUGCAAGAAACAUGAGGUCCGAGGCUAUCCGACACUGAUCUUAUUCAACAACGGCGUGAAGAUCAGUGAAUAUAACGGUGCCAGAGAUAUGGAGUCCCUCUACUCAUUUGUUGAUCAAAAUAAAAUAAAGAGGGACGAGUUGUAGACACGCCUAAAACUCUGUACAAGUUUAACUUGUGUACCUGACAAGGUGUCUGGUAAUAUCUGUGCAAAAGAUGCUACUUUGAUGUGUGUAAUGUGAAAGAAGUUAUUAAUGAUAUAGUAAAUUCUUUUAGCACAUAUUUGGAUUUUUUUUAAGAUGGGUAAUGUCGAUGUAAGUAGUAUCAGGGCUAAUUUAAUAACACCUUGCUCUACAUAACACAGAAAAUGUCUAAACAAGUAAUUGAAAUGCAGUGACCAUCUGUAAGUCUGGAUGCUGAGUCUAGAAACCUGCCAGUCUUUGUCACUGAUUCUUUAAUUUAGUAACUGUUAAUCCCGAUGAUUUUUACUGAGAAUGGUGCCGUCCAGAUAAAUAAGGUUUCAUUGUAUCGACCAGAGAGUGAAAUAUAUUCUUUAAAGUUAGGAUGUAGGUCCAAUGAAUAUGGAAAAUAACAGUGGUUCUCAAGACUGGUUUAUGACAGGCUAUGAAAUGGUCGUCAUGCCAACACCCAGGUUGAUUUCCCCGCAGGGGUACACUGUGUGGAGCCCAUCCCCCACUGUGAUAUUGCUGGGAUAUAGCUGAAGGCGGUGUAAAACACUCUCGCUAUGACAUACAACUGAUGUUACUGACUUGGUGCCACUGGCUCCGAUCAAGUUGAUCUGAACAGGUGUUUGUCAGUCUGGAAGAUCUCGUAUAUUCUAAAUAUUUGAAUAAUGUAAUCUCAUAAUAGUAUAUUUACAAAGAUGAAACAAUGAACAGAAUUAAUAUUUUCAUAUGUAGACCGAAGGUUUGGGAUUUCCUACACCUUUUUUUGGUAUGGAUGCAUCAAUGCUACUGAUGUUGGUAUGGCUGCAUCAACGCCACUUAUGUUGGUAUGGAUGCAUCAACACCCCUCAUGUUGGUAUGGAUGCAUCAACGCUACUGAUUUUGGUAUGGAUGCAUCAACACCACUGAUGUUGGUAUGGAUGCAUCAACGCCACUGAUGUUGGUAUGGAUGCAUCAACGCCACUGAUGUUGGUAUGAAAGCAUCAACGCUACUGAUGUUGGUAUGGAUGCAUCAACGCCACUGAUGUUGGUAUGGAUGCAUCAAUGCCACUGAUGUUGGUAUGGAUGCAUCAAUGCCACUGAUGUUGGUAUGGAUGCAUCAACACCCCUCAUGUUGGUAUGAAUGUAUUGACACCACUUAUGUUGGUAUGGAUGCAUCAACACCCCUCAUGUUUGUAUGGAUGCAUCAACACCCCUCCUUGGUAUGAAUGCAUUGACACCCUGUUGUUGGUAUGGAUGCAUUGACACCCUGUUGUUGGUAUGGAAACAUGUACACCCCUCCUUGGUAUGGAUGCAUUGACACCCUGAUGUUGGUAUGGAAACAUGUACACCCCUCCUUGGUAUGGAUGCAUUGACACCCUGAUGUUGGUAUGGAAACAUGUACACCCCUCCUUGGUAUGGAUGCAUUGACACCCUGAUGUUGGUAUGGAAACAUGUACACCCCUCCUUGGUAUGGAUGCAUUGACACCCUGUUGUUGGUAUGGAUGCGCCUACAUCCCUUCUGUUGGUAUAAUAAAUGACUGGUUCCUUA